CGCUACAGUUUCGAUACGCGCCAAACCUAUAGAGUCUCACGGCUUUAGGUCUCAUUCAUUCGCACUGGGUGAUAGGCGGGAUGUCCGAACCGAGGAUUGACGUGCUUUGUGAAGUUUGCGGUUACAGUGGAUCUCUUGGCUGGCUUGUGAAGUGUCAAAAUAGUAACAGAUGUGGCUCAGGCCGACAUCUUUACUGCUUAAAUGGACUAGAACAGCAAAACGCCCCCGUCGACUUGAGCGCGUUGGGGCAACUUGAGUGUUCUCUUUGCGUCCAAAGCGCAACCCAGACAGCAGGAAAAGGCACCAAGAGAAACAUCAUAUCAUGUGGCAGCAGCCGUCGUCGCAAGCUGGGCCCAGGGCGACAGCAGCCCCAGGAGCAGGAGCAACCGCCCCAGCAGCCACAACAACAGCCCCAGGAGGAGCAGCAGCCCGCUGACACCACCACCACCACCACCAGCGGCGCAACAGGCGAGGAGGCUCUCGCCGCUGACUUCAGCUUCGUAGAUGCAGCUGUGACUGCAGCCGGAGCAGCAGAGGCUGGUGGUAGAUCCGCUGCUGGUGACAAUGCUGCUGCCAGCGCUAGUAACCCUGCAGCAUCUGAAGCUGCCACGGAUGCUACCAGUACCCAGCAGGAUGGUCGACCUCCCAAGCGCGCACGGAAGGAGGCACUGGCACAGGUGGUCCCUCCCACCUCCACGCAGCAGGCUUCUGGCCCGUCCACAAUGGACACCACCGUCGCUGCUGAUGAUGAUCGGCAGACUGCGCAGCCCGCUGACAGCUUGGCCCACCAGUUUCCUACAGGGCAACCGCAGCAACAGCGGCAAGACCUGCCUCUCUUUAAGAGGCGUGUGCUCGCCAGCAGCCAGUCUCAAGCACCCGGUGACCCAAAGAAGCCCACAGCUGCCACCGCCACUACCAAGGAGCCUGCCGACCAACCCUCCAAGCCCUCCAGGAACAACAGCGCCCUGCACAUUGCUAAGGGGCCGGAAGCGGCACUGGCGGCCUCCGCUGCGGCUGCCGCCUCUGGGCUGCGAGCCUUGGAUGAAUGUGAUGCAUUUGAUGACCUCGCGUCCACACCGCCUCAGCAACGCAAACUACACAAAGGAGCGGCCCCAGCAGCGGUGCCGGCUGCUGCUGCUGCAGAGGCCGGCGGGCAUCAGGCGUUGAAGGGGGAUGGAGCACAAGGCUCUGCAAUGUCAGGUCGGGCCGGGCUUCUGCCGCUGGCAAUGAGGGGUUCUAAUGGCACGGCCCGCACGCCAGCUGCCGGGAAUGACAGACCGGCCGCUGGGCUGGCUGCUGCCCCUGCCACUGGCCGCCUGGCGCAGCAUGCCGUAACGAGGGGCCAUGCGGUCACGGGCUUAAUCCCAAGCAGCACUAAUAACAACAACAACAACAUGAUUGCUGGAACGACAGCGGGUGCAGCUGGUUUAGCUAGUGGCUCCCAGCAGCCUCAGCAGCAGCAGGGUCGUAUGGGCGCUGUUGCUGCUGGCGGGAGGGGGCUGCUGCUUGGUCUAGGUCCUCGCGGCGCUGCUGCUUCCGGGCUGCCUGGUCGUUCUGCGCCCUGGUUGAGUGUCACUGACAAGGCUCUGUCAGGGGGCUUGCCGGCAGCCUCUGCAGCCCUACUUGGGUCGUCGUCCUCCCUUCAGGCCGCUGCUGGGGAGGCAGCACGCAAGGGAGGUCCUAGCAGCGGCACAAUGCAACAGGCGGAGCUCUGGAGUGCUAGAUUCCCCGUUCGCAACAUCCUUUCAACAUCCAAACUGCAG